GGAUAAGCGUGACGGGCGUUAUAGACAUAGGCGGCGUUGCUCCUGGGACGGGCGUAAAACGGGUACGCACCGAGGCUAUAAGAGACCGGUCGUCCCCGGCAAGCGCUCAGUUAGGCCAAGAUCGUUCGAGGGAGUUCCAUCGCCAACUCCGUUCAAACGGCUCACAAGCGAGCGAGAAUCUCUACGAGUCUUCGUCCGGUCGUUUCUCAAGAUGCGUGAAUGCAUAUCCGUACACGUGGGACAGGCGGGAGUUCAAAUCGGGAAUGCCUGCUGGGAGCUGUACUGCUUGGAGCACGGUAUCCAACCCGACGGGCAAAUGCCGUCAGACAAGAUACUCGGGGGCGGUGACGACAGUUUCAAUACCUUCUUCAGCGAAACCGGCGCCGGGAAGCACGUACCCAGAGCAGUCUUCGUCGACCUCGAGCCGACCGUCGUGGAUGAAGUACGCACGGGUACGUACCGGCAACUCUUCCAUCCGGAGCAGCUGAUAACCGGCAAGGAGGACGCCGCCAACAACUAUGCGCGCGGCCACUACACGAUCGGUAAGGAGAUAGUCGACCUCGUCCUGGAUCGCAUUCGCAAGCUGGCGGAUCAAUGCACGGGGCUCCAGGGCUUCCUGAUUUUCCACUCGUUCGGCGGCGGCACCGGUUCCGGCUUCACGUCCCUGCUGAUGGAACGACUGUCGGUGGACUACGGAAAAAAGUCGAAACUCGAGUUUGCAAUUUAUCCGGCGCCCCAGGUCUCGACGGCCGUUGUCGAGCCGUACAACUCGAUCCUCACCACGCACACCACCCUCGAGCACUCAGACUGCGCGUUCAUGGUGGACAACGAGGCCAUAUACGACAUUUGCAGACGUAAUUUGGACAUCGAACGGCCGACUUACACCAAUCUGAACCGCCUGAUCGGCCAGAUCGUUUCCUCGAUCACGGCCUCGCUGCGUUUCGACGGCGCGCUCAACGUCGAUCUGACCGAGUUCCAAACUAAUUUGGUACCCUAUCCCAGGAUUCACUUCCCCCUGGUCACCUAUGCCCCCGUAAUAUCCGCAGAAAAGGCAUAUCACGAGCAGCUCUCCGUCGCCGAGAUAACGAACGCCUGCUUCGAGCCCGCGAAUCAGAUGGUCAAGUGCGACCCCCGACAUGGAAAGUACAUGGCGUGCUGUAUGCUCUAUAGAGGCGACGUAGUGCCGAAGGACGUUAACGCGGCAAUCGCGACUAUCAAGACCAAGCGCAGCAUCCAAUUCGUUGAUUGGUGCCCCACGGGCUUCAAGGUCGGCAUCAAUUAUCAGCCGCCUACCGUCGUACCCGGCGGCGAUCUCGCCAAGGUGCAGCGCGCAGUCUGCAUGUUGUCCAACACGACGGCGAUCGCCGAGGCUUGGGCGCGGCUCGAUCACAAGUUCGACCUGAUGUACGCGAAGAGAGCCUUCGUGCAUUGGUACGUCGGCGAGGGGAUGGAGGAGGGCGAGUUCUCGGAGGCGCGGGAGGAUCUCGCCGCCCUGGAGAAGGACUACGAGGAAGUCGGUAUGGACUCCACCGACGGCGAGGGAGAUGCCGCGGAGGAAUACUAAAGACUAACGAUCAAGAUUCCUGCUCUCUUCGUACAUUUCGUAUAUUUGUACUACGACGCUUGCCACUUAUCGCCUGCUGUAAGUUUUCUCCUAUAACGCAAUCUGAAACGACGUUAACUUUCCCCGUUGCUUCCUAUUCCGGUUGGAUCCUUGUGACGUAUGGAACCUUCGACGAGAGGCGUGUAUUCGCUUCCUCGCGACAACAGUCACUUUGUAUUGCUUGAAGAAAUAAUUACUGAGAAACGUAAGCACAUCUAAAAAUACUUUCUCGUGUAUUUUGUUGUAAUAUUAUUUAUAUAUUAUAUCAACCAUUAUACAAUAAUAGAUUGCAUUAAUAUACGUCUUCGAUCGUA